GGGAUAGGCUUACAUGUACGUUUUAGAUACAGUUCGCAGGUAAUACAGGCGCAACACUCCGUAGUACGUGAUAUGCAACAAUUUUAGAACUGCUGGUCCGCAAUAGUAUGGGAUACAAGUCCAACAUCAUGGUAUUAACUCCACUCUCGAACUGCAUGGAGUUCAUUUGUUCACAUUGAACUUUUCCCGAGCUUUCUCAAAAAGCACCAAGGAGAAAUUUCCACUCGCAAUCCUGGUGGUUGCCAAUUACUUCAGGAAAUGGCAGCGGCUCGACUAGCUAGCUUCGGUGAAGUUAAGGACAUUGUGCGCUCGGAGCCGUGGUGUUUGGAAUCAAGUGGACUUGGCACGUGGUAUGACGACCAUGUGAAACUUGGGGCCGACGCGUUCGACAGAGACUGUCGAGCAGCUGUCGACAAUGUGUUGGAGACUGUGCAUGAGUUAUGUUCCUUCAAUAACAUUCUGUUCGACAUUGACAAAGUGGUCAAGGGUGGAUCACUGCAGAAGAAAACCAUGCUCAAAGAUAUGUGUGAUUCUCAGCUCGUCGUGUACAUCAACCCACCCUACAUGGAACCGAUCGUCACAGUUGGUACCCAGAAAUACAGAGACCAGCUAAGGCGUGUCAUCAAAGUGCUCAUGGAGGCGCUGAAGGGGGUGGAAAGUGUGGCCGAAAUCUCGCCAAAUCCCGUGUCUCUGAAGUUCAAGAUAAGGGUGGGUUACCGACGGCUGUUGGAUGUGGAUCUCUAUCCGACGGCUGAUAACUUCCGUGGACAUGGCGAAGAUCUCUGUAACAUGUUCGAUGUGAUGCUUCAAAGCAACGAUGACGGGAGGGAGUUAUACACGGCUUCGCUGAUCAAACACCAGACACACUUCGUCAGGAGCCAGCCCACCGCCGUGAGAGACUUCAUCCGCCUGGUGAAGUACUGGGCGCACGACGCGCUCCCGGACAACCUCAAGCAGGCUUACUUUUUGGAGUUGGUCACCAUUCACCUCUGGGAGGAGACAGGGAAACCGGAAGGUUUUAGCAAAGUGCAGGGAUUCAAGAAUGUGAUGGAGACUUUGGCGAGCGGGAGCACGGAGCUGCGGAAGAUGUACUGGCCCAACCUCUAUGAUAAUGCUCUGGCAGUCCGUGCCAUUGAUAAACUCAACAUGCACGAACCAGUAAUUUUAGAUCCAGCAAAUCCGACAAACAACGUGUGUAAAAUUUUCGAUAAGCGAUCCAACAGGCGCGCCAUCGCUCGAGCUGCCCAGGUGACCCUUGACACGGAACUACUUAGAGACAUCCGGGUCCGUCGAGACUGGAGUAAUUAAAGGCACUGGUUGGGACACCAAUAAUAAAUCUGUGAACAUUUUGACUCGAUUGAUCGUCGUAGU